GUCACUUAGCAACAGGAAAGGGGCAGGCAAGAAAGGAUAAAGGGAUACAGGCCAGGCAGAAAGAAACAGCAGCCUAGGCAUCAAGGAAUAAAUGAGCUGAAUGCCUUGAAAGAACAGCAACCCCACUCUCCAAGGAUCAUGGAAACAACAUUAUGUUAAACCUGGCAGAGAAGCAACGCCUCCCUCCCUUCCCAGGAUCCCGAAGUACUGUCUCCAACUGGAUUCUGAAGACCCGCAACGCAAAGAGUCCCUCUCCCUGAAGAUAAGACCCAGCUGGUUCGGCGCCGAAGUUGCUCCCGCAGCCCCCCGACCGCAGCAUGCUCAAAGUCACCCUGCCCUCCUCCUCCUCGCCCUCCCCGGCGGCGGCGGCAGCCUCGCCCGCCUCCUCGCCCUCCUCGCCGCCCCCUGCCUCCGCCUCCGCCUCUUCUUCCGCCGCCGGGGGGCGAGCGGGGGUCUUGCCCCCCCCGAAGGCCGCCCCCGACAGCGCGGAUUACUGGAUCGACGGCUCCAACCGAGACACCUGGGCCGACUAUUACGAGCUGGAGUCCGAGCUGGGACGGGGUGCUACCUCUAUUGUCUACAGAUGCAGACAGAAGGGAACGCAAAAGCCAUUUGCUGUCAAAAUAUUGAACAAAACUUUGUUGCCUGCUGAAGAGCUCUGUGCAACUCUAAAGAAGUUGUUUGAAGAAAAGGUAGACAAGAAGAUUGUCCGGACAGAAAUAGGUGUUCUACUUCGACUUUCACAUCCAAAUAUUAUAAAGUUGAAGGAAAUAUUUGAAACGCCUGCAGAAAUCAGCCUUGUCUUAGAACUCGUCACAGGAGGAGAGCUGUUUGACAGGAUUGUGGAAAAGGGGUAUUACAGUGAACGGGAUGCUGCUGAUGCUGUGAAACAAAUCCUCGAGGCAGUGGCUUAUCUACAUGCUAAUGGAAUUGUCCACCGUGAUUUGAAGCCAGAAAACCUUCUGUAUGCAACACCAGCUCCUGAUGCACCUUUAAAAAUAGCUGAUUUUGGACUUUCCAAGAUUGUUGCAGAUCAAGUGACCAUGAAAACUGUCUGUGGAACUCCAGGGUAUUGCGCACCGGAAAUUCUACGAGGAUGUGCCUAUGGCCCUGAAGUAGACAUGUGGUCCUUAGGAAUAAUCACCUACAUCUUACUUUGUGGUUUUGAACCAUUUUAUGAUGAAAGAGGAGACCAAUACAUGUUCAAGAGAAUUCUGAAUUGUGAAUAUGAUUUCGUUUCCCCUUGGUGGGAUGAUGUGUCUCUGAAUGCCAAGGACUUGGUAAAGAAGCUAAUUGUACUUGACCCCAAAAAGCGUCUUACAACAUUUCAAGCUCUGCAACAUCCCUGGGUCACAGGAAAGGCGGCCAAUUUUGCACAUAUGGAUACAGCCCAAAAGAAACUCCAAGAAUUCAAUGCUCGGCGUAAACUUAAGGCUGCAGUGAAAGCUGUUGUUGCAUCAACUCGCCUUGGAAGCGCAAGCAGCCACAGCAGUCAUGACAGCAAGUCAAUCCAACGUGAAAGCGAUUCUGAUGAGAGACUGGGGGGGAAAGAAGAUGCAGGAAGCUUUGCUGAACCUCAGCCAGUGGUCUUUCAGGAAGAAGCGCCUGAAGAGCCUUAGAUUUUAGGGUAUUUGUUUCAGCUGAGAUGUGUCAUUUCAUGCACCAGCCAAGUUACCAUUCAGCAGGAAAGAAUUAUAAGCAUUGACCCUUCUGGGGUGGCUUUGCUUUGAGAUGCAAAAUACACUAGCUGGUGACCUGAACUUCAAUGCAUGUGACUGCUUCUGAAAAAAAAAAUAGUAAACAGUCUUUUAUUGGCAUGCCAUGGAUAAAGUGAUAUGUACAGUGAUACCAAGAGAGUAGGGAGCGUGGGAGAUUCCUUGUGGUCAACACAUAUAUCUCAUAUAAAAUGUUUAUAGAUAAUCUCUGAAAGGAGUGAGGAUUCUGGUUAAUACAAGUUAGGCAUUUCCUAGAGAUCAUGACAUUUCUUUGAUAUGCUUCCUUUCAAACUCAUAAUCACUCAGUAGAUUGAUGGGACACUUCAGAUCCACCAGGUGUUUUUGUUUUUGUUUUUUUCAAACCAGGAUGUGGGACAUUUUGCAUCUAACAGAUAAUUUGCAAAUUUUUUACCAUGGAGGAAUUUAUAUGCAAAAGCAUUCCGCACAUUCCGCACAGAUUGAAAUGUUCCUUUGAAGGGUUAUGAAAUUGUCUGUUCCUGAAGCUGAUGAUAAGAAUGCCUUAUCUCUAUCACUCACUGUUUUGAUGAUCUCCAAAAUAUCUGUCAGACUUCUGACAUUUCAGUAUCUGCGAUGACUGAGGAAAUACUAAAAGCAGCACACAAACAAAGAAGGUAGGUGCCACUGUUAAAGGCCAGUUGGAAUUAGUCACAGCUCUGAAUCUGUGAGUAUACAGUGAGGAAGGAUAUACAAUGUGAGACUUUUUCAGUAGGAAAACACUCAAGAAGCUGAAAUAAACAACAGAAAUGCUUACAUAGCUGAGGAUACCAGAGGUGUGCAAUUGGGUGGGUUUUUUUUUUUUUUUUUUUUACCUCUGAUGAUUACAGAAAUGCCAGUAAAGACCAGCAUCAGGGUAAAUUCAGAUGCUUUUCUGUAGAAAAGGAGUUAAGAACUUUGUCUUAUAUGAAUUGAGGGAAAACGCAGAACUGAUGUCUAACAACAAGCAUUCAUUUGUAAUAUAUUUUAUAACACAUGACUUUCUAAAUAGAUACAUUACAAAGACAAUGGAAAGUGAUAAUUUUCUUACAGCACAAUCCUAAGGUAGAAGCAAGUUCUAUUUCAUUUACUAAAACUUACUCCCAAAUAUGUGGACACAGAAUUACGAUUUCAGUUGCUUUUCAGGUACUCCGGCACUGACAUAUAGGCAGUUACUCCUUAUUAUCUUACUUCUUAAUUAUUUAGAAGCAUUUCAGAGUAGAAGAUUCAAAGCUUAGCUGAGGUUAGACUAUGCACAGAAAGUAUGAAUUGAUUUUGUGUUUCCUGUUCUACUGCAUUAUUUAUAUUAGGCCUGGUAAAUUAGAACAGCACACUUCAUUUUUCAGUGAAAGUCUGAUACUACUUUUUUAAAGUCAUAGGGUUUUGACACAUGUUCAAUGUGUAAAUAAUUAGAACUUAACGUGACAAAAAUAUUUCUUUAGCACAAGGAGUCGUUGACCCAAGCACAAGAAGUAAACACAUUCCAAGAUCUUGGAAGGGAAAAAUAGAGGUGUAUUUUAUAUUUGCAAUGGCAAAUUAAAUUAUUGCCUGGAGAAAAGAACAUAAAUAGGGAAGCGCUGCAUGAUCCGUAACACUUAAUGUAAAGGAAAAUUUCUUUUUCUUCUGUGAAGGAUAAUGCUCUGGAGUUGCCAGUGGGUUGUGGAAUAUGUUCAAGAGGAAUGGCAAUCCCUGUUCAUGAGGAGGUUGUGCACACUUUUAAUAUUGCAAGGUGACAGUUUCGGGUGUUGCUUUGCAGAUGCAUGGCCCAUUGAAAUAAAUGGCUUGCAUUAUUAGUAACCUUGGGAUGCAGCCUGGGUUUAGGACCAGGUUAUUGUUUCCAGGAAAAAAAGUUGUGCUUUUUAUAAGUAUAUGGUGCAUUCUUUUCCAAGACCAAUCCUUCAAGAAAGUUAGGGUUUUUUAAAUUUAAAACAUGAUACAUAGAAUAGCACAAUAGUAGAGGCCUGAAAGUCAUUAGAGCUGUGACAAAACAUAAGAGUUUCAGCAUCUUACCAGUGAAUUUUGAAGGGCUAAUCAAAGCAUCUGCAAAGGCGAAAUUCAUCCCAGAACCCCAAGCUGUAAUACAGAUAGGUGCACUUAACCAAUGUGUCAGUUUGAGCAAUUCAGUAGUUAAAAGUAUUGGGAAAUUGAAAAUGCUGCACAAUAGUGGUGCUAUCAAUCUUCCACAGUAAUGAAAUUGCAGAUGAUGAGAGCAGGUUCACAACCCAUCUAUAUCUUAGCUUGUUAGGUGGAAUUUUAUUAUAUGUUAUAGCAGAGUAGUUUCACUAUUACAGAGACCAGUCAUCAGAUGCUUAGAAGACACCAUAAUGCUAAAUGGAAAGAAGAUAAUGCAGGGUGGUUAUACAUAACAAUACAGUUCAGAAACCAUGUAUUGCUCCAUUUCUAUAUAAUAGAUGGAAAAAAAAUCUUACCAGUAUGUUUACAAGGAAUCCACAUCUGUAAAUCUUAAUCCGAAGUCCAUAUCCAUGCUAGAUGGAAUAUUCUAAUAACAAGCAUCAUGGCAAAACAAAAGAGUAUGUUAUAUUUGACUCUUGUGGGGGUUGCAACAGGUUCAGUUAUUAAGUGUUUUUUUAAAGCAAGGUAUCACACAUAGUUGUUUAACCUUAAGCCAUGUGGAGUGCCACGGCAUUUACUCCCACGACUGAAUGCAUAGCACUGAAGCCCAAAAGCAUGGCUUUGGUACUUAGUAAACAGUCAUGGCUGCUUGACCUCAGAUUCCCCACUCUCCUAUGUGCAAUAUUGGGAUUAUAAUUCCAGCCUACCUUACAGGGCUACUGUAAAGAUUGUGACAAUAAAUAGAUAUAUGAAAUGUUGUGAAUGCAGAAUAUUAAUACUAAAUAUAGCUUUUUACUUGAUCGAUGAAGGUAUACCAGUUCUCUAUUUCUGCUCCAAUUCCUGGUUGACACACUACUGGAAUAUGUAUAUAUCUCAAAAGCAGAGGGCACACACAGAAUGAAUCAUGCAAAAAAUUUCAGUGGGACUUUAGUCCCAGUUAUAUAGAAGAUUGCUGCCUAAAAGCACACUUAUUACACUGACCUUGUCUACACAAGAUUAAUUCCUACCAAGUUUAGUAGAACUUACUCCCAAAUACAGAUCAUAGCUGCAAUGAAUUUAAGUUAUGUUUAACUGUGUGUUUCAUCAUGAUCUAAGGCACUAGGAUUUUAUUAUUAAGGGUUUUUUCUGUGUGUGAAUAUGAUAUGGUUAAAGUGAAAUGUAUUUUAUACAAAUGACAUUAGCAAAGAGACCAUAAGAAAGGCUUUGACAAUACUUGUCUGUAUUCAGGUGCUUCCACUGUAUGUGUCCAUCUAUGCCGUAUUAAUUUCUUUCACACAUUCAGGACCUUUUUCAUAACAGUGCUACAUUCAAAAUCCAACCAAAAAACAUUUAUUUCUGGCAGUGCACACAGAAUAUAAACACAAAUAUCAAGUUGGCAUAGUAUCUCACUUCCAUGUAAAGUAAGGAAGAACUUUGAAUUAGACACUUGUUUGCCUUUUCUGAAGCUUUAAUAAUUGGGACUUACCUAGUCUUUUCAUAUAAUCGGGGAACAGAAUGAAAGGAUACACUUGGAUGCUGAAAUGUUUAAAAAGUGAUUUGCAUGUACUAUAUGAAAAUAAAGAAGUAAGACUUGG